UAGCUCAAAAUUCACAAGUUUAUACCAGCAUUACACAAAUGUAUAUCUGGUCGCUGCAUGCAUGCCGCUGAUCAGGCCAUGCAUGCAGGCAGCAACCAUGCAAGUCCUCCAGUUGCUGCUCCCAUUGUUGUUGGCUCUGGCGCCGGUGUCCAUCCUGCUCGUCGUCCGGCGUGCAACGCCGCCGCCGAUCAAAGCACGCCUGGCCACCCUCAAAUCUGCCAUAGCACGUGCACGUAAGCCAAUUAUCUUCGUCACCGACUUCGCCACGGCGCAUCACCUGCUCGUGCGGGGCAGCAGAUCAACAACCGCCGCCGCCGCCGGCGGCGGCUCUUUCUCCAACCGCCCGCCGUCUAUGGCACCCAGCGCCGUCCUCUCGGGCCGCCGCUACCACAACAUCAACUCGGCACCCUACGGCCAGCUCUGGCGCGCCCUCCGCUACAACCUCACCUCGGGUGUCCUCCACCCGACGCACCUGCACCGCUACGCGGCCGCAAGGCGCCACGCGCUACGCGGCCUCGUGGCGGACCUCAGCGAGCAGCAGCAGGUCGCCGCCGGCGUGGUGCUCGCCGCGGAGAGCAUCCGCAGCGCCGUGUUUGGCCUCGUCUCCACCAUGUGCUUCGGCGACGGCGUCGACGCAGGCGUGGUCCGCGCCAUGGCCGACGUCCAGACCGAGCUAGUCCUGUCCUUGUCCACGGUGCGCACGUUCGUGUUCGUGCCGUUCCUCGCGGUGUCUAAGCUAAUCUACCGCAAGCGAUGGAACAAGCUGGCUGCGAUACGGCAGAAGCAGGAGGAGCUGUACCUCACACUCAUUGACGGCUGCCGCCGACAUCGCCGGGACUCAGCUGACGAGACGCCGCCAACGUAUGUGCACACGCUCAUCGACCUCCAAGUCCCGGUAGAAGAACUCGACAAGCAGAACAGCGUAGGAGGCGAGGACAGGCAGCAGCAACGGAGGCUCAAGGACGGUGAACUAGUGGGACUCUGCUCGGAGUUCCUUGGUUCCAGCACUGAAUCUGUAUCCGCGUCGCUGCAGUGGAUCAUGGCGAACCUAAUGAAACGCCCAGACAUGCAGGAGGCCAUCAGGAAGGAGGUUGACGCUGCUGUGGAUGCAGACGCCGAGGAGGUCGGAGAGGAGGUUCUUGGGAAGCUCGACUACCUCAACGCUGUCAUCUUGGAGGCGCUCAGGCUGCAUCCCACCACCAAGUUGGCAUUUAGGCAGGUGACGGAAGAAGACCAAGUGGUUCAUGAUGGCCACCGUAUUCCUGCGGGCACCAAGAUGGUCUUCCCCUUGGAGGCUUUAGCGAGGGACAAGACAGUUUGGGAUGACCCUGAUGAGUUCAUGCCAGAACGUUUCCAUGGAUGUGGAGGUGGAGAAAGCACGAAAAAGCUGCUGUCCAUGGCAGCAGAGAUGAAGAUGAUGCCUUUUGGUGGCGGCCGGAGGAUGUGCCCUGCUAUAAGCGUCUCGUUGCUCCACAUCAGCUACUUCAUGGCAAACCUUCUGAGGGAGUUUGAGUGGAGGGAAGCAGACGGUGAGCACACCAUUCAACUCCACACCGAUCCUGCCAUCGAGAUGUUCAAUUUCAUGAAGCGUCCACUGCGUGCUCACCUUGUGAUUCGCCGACAGAAAGGCACAAAAUUUCGUUAAGUGGACAAAAUGUCCUGUCGGUCCACUGAUAUAUUUUCACUAGCCCGGUUAUAUGGAGGAACUACUUUGAGUAUCCCUCUAGGUAAAUAACACAGCAUUGUAAUGAGAAUUAUUUUCAAAACUUUGUAUCAACUCGAUGUAAUGUGUUUGAAAAUUUAAUAAAAUCUUUCCUUAUUUUUUU